GGAUUCAUUAAGUCUUGAACAAAGAAUAUUUCUUUAGGAAACGAUCUAAGCGAGUUACUAUUCGAUGGACCCCACCGAGGAUUCCGACUUAGAGAGUCAGCAACCAUCUGAUAUUUCUUUAUCUGAUAAUGAUCGGCCUCAAAGAUACACUAUCUCACAGACCCUGUUUGAAGAUCUUCAAAAAUUAGGAUUCAGUGAAAAUGCCAUAAAAAAGUCCAUUGUUGCAGGAUGCAUCGAUCAAAGUACAUGCGUUCAAUGGAUCACCAUGCACGUUGGUCAUCCGGAGCUUGACGCGCCUCUCGCUGAUGGGGUGGAGGUCACCAUUCAGUACAAAAAAGUCCUCACUGAAGCGGAGCGGGAACAGAAAGCGAAAGAAAUUCGUGAUAAAAUCAAGCAAAAGAAGGAGGAGGAGGAGAGAGAGUCUCAUCGCAAGAAAAUGGAGCUUGCCGAAAUGUGGCGGAAGUCGUUGGAUGUCAAGAAAGAGAUGGACAAAGUACGACAUCAGAUGCGUUUGGAUGAGAUGAAGAAAAGCAAAACCGAGGAUCAUGCCGCAUAUCGGAAGGUCAAGAUUGGCAUCAUCGCGGAUCGUUACAUUCGCCAGGGGAAAAGCGUCGAGGAGGCGAACGCACUGGCGGCGAGUGAGUACGACGACGAGCAGUCCCGAAAGCGUCAGGCUGCGGCCGAACGCUUUAAGGAAGUGAAGCUCAUCCCUAACGAACCUCCCCAAAAGGACGCCAAAGCGGAGUGGGAUUUGAGCUCGGUUCUAGAUUCUAAAGAAGGCUAUAGCUCAUCCUUACACGCCCUCUGCAGUGCUCCUCCGCCGUCGAUUGAGGAGCUACCGGCUUUGGCGGAGGAUAUUCGCCGCAUCUCGGAUCAACCAGGAGGGUCGCAGUGCUUGCGUUUGCUGCUUACCAUCAUAGGCAAUAUCCUGGAAUUUCCGUUUGAUGUCAAGAAGCGCACCCUCAAGACGAGCUCGAAGUCGCUUGUGCAGCAUGUUUUUCCGCACAAAAGUGCGAUCAGGCUAAUGCGGUUGUGCAACUUCGAUCUUGAAGUGGAUGAAAAUGACAAUGAAAUUAUAGUGUGCAAGACAGUUGUAAUUCACUUACUUGAUGAGGUCAUCAAAUCCUUAAAGUGA